AUGGUGGAACUUGGGCCCCAGUUAGAAGACCUACGGUCGAAAGGACUGUUCUGUGACGUCACUAUGAUUUUCCCCCAAGAUGGCCGCAAGAUGCACGUGCAUCGAAAUAUUCUGGCCAGCUGCAGCCAAUACUUCCGGACGUUGUUUACCUUCAACAUGACGUCAUCGGCACACAUAGAGGUGGAGAUUCCCGGAGUGACGUAUGCCGACAUGGAAGCCAUUGUCCAGUUCGCUUACACCCACAAGGCGGACCUGAACGCCAGUAAUAUAGAGUCCAUCAUUGUCACCGCAGACAGGCUCAACGUUCUGGGGCUGCUCAAGAUUCUCCGAGCAGACGAUCUGACCAUAGACGCAGAAGACUAUGCCUGUAUGUCCGUGUUGAAGUGGGUCGACUUCCUGCCUGACGUCAGGACAGCCUACCUGCCUCAACUGCUGCGUUCUGUCCGGCUGGGUCUGGUCUCUCGGAGGAUGUACGAGGUACUGAUGCAGAAGUUCAGCUGUUUGCCUACAGACUCGGAGCCCAUGUAUGAGAAUGAAAGUGAGUCGUACGAACACAGUCUGGCCUACCAUGCCAUGGUCACGGUCCAACAGACGCUCUACGUCAUCGGCGGUUACACGACGGUCAAGUAUCUCAACUCGGCCAAGAAGUUUGACCCACUGACCAAAAUAUGGUCAGAGAUCGCCCCCAUGCACAGCUCCCGCUGCUACGUGUGUGCUGCGGAGGUGGGCGGGUUCAUCUAUGCUUGUGGGGGGUUCGAUGGCACUAACAGACACAGCUCGGUGGAGCGUUACUGCCCCGUCAAGAACCAGUGGCAGAUGGUCCGCGAGAUGACCAGUGUCCGGAGCGAUGCUGGGGCUUGCGGCGUUGACGUUGAAAAAUACUACCCGGACCGAGGGGCGUGGUUUCCUGUCAAAGAAAUGUUGAAAGGGCGGAGUAACUUUGCCGCUGCUGUCAUAGAGAAUAGAAUAUUCGUCGUGGGCGGGUACGAUGGUUCAGGGACGACUGGUCAUGUGGAAUACUAUGAGAGCUACAAGGACGAGUGGACAGAAGCGGACAGUCUCCGAGUGGGGCGGAGCGCCGCCAGUGCCUGCACUAUCAAGGGAUUGGAUAAUAUUCAAGACUACACCUUUUAUGGGAAAGAGGCGCGGUUUUUGGUACAGUCUGAUAGCUUUGAUUGGCAGAACUCGAUGUACAACAGCCGACAGUCCCGCAGUUGGUGUCCCCAGGAAUAA